UCUAUAAAUACCCAUCAAAACCGCACCAACUUCAUCCUUCGCUCAUAUUCCUCCAGCAGUUACUCUCCAUCGUCUUCUCUAUCGGUGGUUACGAGGAAAUUUUCCGAUCGAAACAGAAAAGAUGUCGUCCGAUUCAGAAUCUAAGAGGAAGAUCGUUUUGAAGAGUUCCGACGGCGAGACCUUCGAGAUUGAGAAGGAGGUUGCUAUCCAAUCAGUCACGAUCAAACACAUGAUCGAGGAUGAUUGCGCUGACGAUACCAUUCCUCUGCCUAACGUGAACUCCAGGAUCCUGGCAAAGGUAAUUGAGUACUGUAAUCGCCAUGCGGAGGCGGUUGCCAAGGAGUCCGGGGAUGUAAUGCCUGCAAACAGGUCGUCUGCAGACCAAUUGAAGGCGUUUGAUGCCGAAUUCGUUAAGGUUGAGCAGGGAACGCUGUUUGAUCUGAUUUUGGCUGCGAACUACUUGAACAUCAACGGGUUGCUGGACCUGACAUGCCAAACAGUUGCAGAGAUGAUAAAGGGGAAAGCACCGGACGAGAUUCGUACUACUUUCAACAUAACGAACGACUUUAGUCCUGAGGAGGAAGAGGAGGUUCGCAGGGAGAAUGCAUGGGCAUUCGAGUGAUGAUGAUGAUGAUGAUGAUGUAGAAUUUCUCCUCCCAUUGCCCGCCUUUGAUGACCACUUCUUCCGCAACUGCGUCGACAAUAUUGUUGACCACGCCCGCCUUCGUCGUAGUUGAUGCCCUCGAAUCCUCUUUCAUUUACACCUUCAAGUAAAACCAAUUUUCCAAUGGUAGAAGCAAUGGAGCGGGAUCCCGAGCCUUCGAACAUGUUCAUUUAUGAUUGGUGUCAACUUUGCUGCCCUUUGUGUACCCUCCAAGUAAAAUCAAUCUUCCAAUGGCGGAAGCUAAGAAGCGAGAUCCCGAGCCUUUGAACAUGUGCGUUAAUUAUUGGAGUCAACUCUAUUGUCCUUUUUAUACAGCUAUUUAUUGCAGCAAUAGUAAAUGUAUUGCACAUUAUGAGGAUUAUUUUUCGUUUUUGUAUUUUGCAUUUUUUCGCACAACAAACUCUCGUCUACGUAUAUAUUUGCAAUAUGACUUGUAUGCAUCGUUGUAACUU